UAUGCUGAUGUGAUUCGUGGCCUCUGUUCUACAGUGGAGUCGCAAAUGGAAUUGCUGCACAUCUUCCAAUCAGUAUGGUCAAACCAAGCCCAAUUAAUUGUCAUCCUACUCGAGCGACUUAGUAAACAAGGCCUUCUCGAUCCUGAGGCAAUUGUACGUUGGGCUUACUCGCCUCAGAUGACGGAACCGCUAACCGGCUCUGCCUCAAUUACCUCUACUGUCUCAGCAUCUAGUUUGGAUGCCGCCUGCGCCAUUGGCUCGCAGACUUCGGCUUUUCGACAGGGCUAUGGUUGCCUAGAUGAAAGAGCUGGGGGCUCGGCAGCAGAUGGUGCUGAAGGGAUCACAGGAUCUGAUGGAGGCAAGGGCGUUGGCAAGAACGUUGUUGGGGAAUCAGGAUCGAUCAGGUCGACAAGCAAGACCCUGGCCUCGAUGCCAGCGUCGGCUAGCGGCAACAUCGUAGAUCCACCAGAUGCAUAUACGAAAGCACAUGCAAAACCAAGGAUUCUUGAGUGA